UCACUCUCAUUUUCAAACCAAGGAUUCUCCCUUCACUUCGACAUCUCGCCAGUGUGAGGGUCGCCAGGGCCGAUGGGUGGAAACUGCCAUGAGGAUCAGUUCUUGGAUCCUUUGCUUAAAAGAUGUAUACGCUGUAAUACGGUAUGCAAGGAAACACAUGUCCAUGCCAGAUGCACCAGUUACUGCGAGUCUGCAGUUUGUAAAGCACAGCCUGGCCACUACUAUGAUGGGCUGCUGAAGAAAUGUGUAAGGUGUGCUGAAGUUUGUGCUGGACCUCCACCAGAAUGCUCCCACCACUGCCAGAAGACAUUCUUCUCAUCGAUCUCCCAAGCACCGCCACAUUUCGCGACCACUAAAAAACUUCUGGUUGAAGUUACCUCACAAAUACCGAAUUCCAGAGAGACCUCAAAGGUGACAACCUUGGAAGACUCCACUAUUCUGCUCUACUCCCUGCUGUCCCUGUGCAUGCUGCUGCUGUUCUUUAGUUUGUCUUUAGCCUUAGUAGCCUUAGUGAGGAAAACCAGGGCCAAAACCUCCAUCCCAGAACCCAGAGAGGCUAACCACAACCAGGAGAGGGUGGUCACGAUGGGUAAGGUGGUUGACCAACCUCAGCAGAACUCUACAGAUUUUGUAUCAAAUUCAUAUCGCCCCACUGAUCGCGAGCCAUCAUAUGACUCCAGCCCGACUGAGACCUGUGUGUGUGUCCACUGUUUCCCUGAUUUGAAAGGACAAAGCCAGAGCAAUGACAGACCACUGACAGCACCUUACUCAUUCUCCCAACAGCCUAUCCUCCAUAAAGCCCAGAUGCAAACGGGAGGGCCUGUCUGGACUGAAGGGAACCUGUACCAGUCUAGACUGGAGGUGCAGGAGGGGCCUGAACUGGGAUAAGGCUCAUUGGUUGUCUAACAGUAAAUUUGGAAUGGCCAAAUGUUACCCCAGAACAUAAGAGAUUAUCAGUGUACUGGAUCUUUUUAACCAGACUAUGGAUACUGUCACAGAGCAGUAAAAUGCAUAUUUAAACAAUAUCACUGAAAUGUGGCAGAGUUGACUAACAACCCUGAUUCAAAGAGUUAAGAUGCUAUGUUAAACCUGAAUAAAAACAGAUUGCAAUGAUUUGCUGAUCCCUAUAUACCUAUAUUCAACUGAAUACAGUACAAAGACAAGAUAUUUAAUAUUCAAACCAAUACUCCUAAUUGUGUGGGUAAAAAAAAUCAGUUUAACAUUUUUAAUGUACAAGUGAAAGACAUUUAGGUUUUUCACCAUCUAAAAAAUAUCAUAUCAUCAGAAAAAUUUGGAAAAUCUUCACACGCAACAGCAAGGGUGAAAGCCAGUAGGGAAUGCCUGUGACCUUCGCCGCCCCAGGCAGCACUGCAUCAGAAACCGACAUGACUGUAUCAAGGAAAUUACUAUAUGGGCUCAGAAACAUUUUUCGGUAAAUCCAGUUUGUUACUGCAUAAACAAAUGCAAGUUAAGGCUCUACCAUGCCAAGUGAGCCACAUAUCAACAAUAUCCUAAAACCCCCAAAAACUUCUGUGUGCCAGAACCCAUUUGAGGCAGAUUGGCACAACAUGGAAAAGUGUGCUGUGGUCUGAAGAGUCCACAUUUCAAAUUGUUUUUAGAAAUCUGUAAAUGCACUAUGAAUGCUUAAGGUACAUACAGGUUUUGUAGCAACAUAUGCUGCCAUCCAUCCUGGGACAAAGUCCCAUGUUUGACCAAUCCAUCCACCUUGUCCCUAUGCAGACUGUGUCACUCUUAACCCCACGCCACCUGACUUUCUACUUUGUUCCCAUCAUAAUUAUGAUGGCCACCAGAAGAUGCUCCCUAACAGUAAACUUAAACAUGGGUCGUAAUAAGCUGCUUGUAAAAACUUACCUGUGGGGUCAUUUUGGAGGAAGGACAGUCUCAAAAGAAUAUAAGAGCGACAAGUGACAACAAUGAUGAGCUCAGAGCUCAAGAGUGCUGGGAUUUCCCCUGUUGGGAACUGUCCAUUGUUUCAACGACCCAAAAUUCCAAAUCCCUGUUAGUUCAAAAAAUGUCCCAUUGGACAAAAACCCUGUCAUCCCAAAAACAAACGUUCCAAAGACCUGUUUCUCUGAAAAUACAUACACCCUAAAAUUAGACAACCAAAUCGCCAGAAAAGUCUUCACCUUAGUUUCUGCAUACCAUGGAUCCAUGGUAUUGAUUUAGCAUACCAUUGAUUUAGAGACAAAACCAUUUGGUAAUUUUAAGGAUAAUAUGUUUGGGCUUAAAAACAACCAUAUUUGGUGACAAAAAAGUAGCUAGAAAAGCAGGGACAAGGCAGUGAAAAACACCCAAGAUUGGCCGCUGAAAAACUUAUAUUACUUGCAAGCAGUGUGUACUUUUAUAAAGCAACGGCCUUUCACCUUUUUAUGAUAACAGGGUGUCGGAGAAAUGCGCUUUCAGUCCAAUGAGACAAUUGCGAGUAAAGAAACUUCGGAAUUUUGGGUCCUCUGUAGGGACUUCAAGUUUCAAAAAUUCUGUGUGCAAGCACGGGCAAAAAUAUGUAUGUAAAUUGUGUGUAUAGUGUUAUGUAUGUAUUUGUUGUGUGAUGGUUAUGGUUUUGUAUCCUCUCAUUGUACUUGCUUUGCCCCAUGAAGGAACAAUAAAAAUCUCAUUAUCAGA